UUUUUUUUAAUCUACUUCCUGUAAAAUUUAUUUUCCUAACAAUGUUGCUAAAAAGUUUUCAUUGGAAAUUUAUCACAAAUAUAUCUAAUGUUUUCAAUGAAAAACUUGCUCGUUCAAAAUAUUUUUCAUUUAGAAUUCGUUCAUAUACAAGAAAAAUUCCGGAAGGUUUCAAACCGUUUGUCGUCACCAAUAAUGUUUCCUCUGGACAGAUUAUGAAUCGUCCAAAUCGAUUGAUUGUUAUGAGUGAAGAAUUGCAUGAAGCUCGUGCUAAUAAUGAUCCAAUCGUAGCAUUAGAAUCGACAAUCAUAACCCAUGGAAUGCCAUAUCCACAUAAUCUACAAACGGCAAUAAAAGUAGAAUCAAUAAUCAGAAAUUCUGGAGCUAUACCAGCUACAAUCGGUAUAAUAAAUGGAAUUAUUUUCAUAGGUUUACGAUCCGAACAAUUGGAAUGGAUGGCUAAACGAGGAUAUGAGGGUCCAAAAUCACAUACUGCUGAUCGAUUGAAUAAAAUUUCUCGAGGCGAUCUAUCAGCCAUUUGUCAAAUGGGUAAUAGUGGUGGAACAACAGUAUCGGCUACAGCAUAUCUUGCCAAUAUGGUCGGUAUACGUGUAUUUGUCACCGGUGGUAUUGGUGGUGUACAUCGUGGUGCAGAAAUUUCCAUGGAUAUCAGCACAGAUCUAAUGGAAUUAUCAACUACACCAAUUUGUGUUGUAUCGGCUGGUAUAAAAUCAAUAUUGGAUGUAGAAAAAACGCUUGAAGUACUCGAAACAAAUGGAGUAUGUGUAGCCGUUUUUGAUGGUGAUCAAAUCGAUGGCAGUAAUCGUGUAGAAUUUCCCGCAUUUUAUACUCCAAAUAGUGGCUACUAUGUUAACUAUAAUUUUUUGACAGCUAAAUCGAUUGCACAAUUAAUCGAUACGCGUGAUGAACUUGGCCUUAAAAUGGCCAUACUAUUAGCCGUACCUAAUCGUACGGCCAAAGCCGAAGAAUAUCAACGAAAAUUCAAUGAAGCAUUGGAACUUGCAUUGGAACAGGCACGAAAUGAAAAAAUCAAAGGAAAAAUGGUAACACCAUUUCUUUUAUCAAAAAUGUCACAAAUGACCAAUGAACAAACGUUACGAUUGAAUCAAAAUCUAAUUGAAAAUAAUGCUCAUGUUGGUGCAGCCAUUGCCAUCGAAUAUAGUCAACUGAUGGGCUGGCAACAACGAUCUUCAUCUUUGAAUGUCAAUGACGAUUGUAACAACAACAAUGAUUGUAAAAUUAGUAACUUUAUUUCAAAAAGAACACCGAUAGUUAUCGGUGCUUCUGUCUAUGAUAUAGUAACGAAAGUAAAUUCAACAAAUAUUCAGUUGAAUGGUUCAACAUAUGAUGGAUCAAUGAUGACAACAUUGGGCGGUGUUGGACAUAAUAUUGCCGAAUCAAUACAACGUUUACGGGAACCAUGUUUAUUUAUAACAGCUGUUGGCCAAGAUCAACCAGGUCAGAUGAUCAUUUCUUCAGCCGCUACCGCUAUCAAUGAUAACAAUAAUCGGACGAUGGCUGAUACAACAACGAAUAUACGUUCAUUGAAACAAUUACCAACACCAUCUUGUACGGUUAUCAUUGAUGAACAAGGUGAAUGUCGUAUGGUUGUUGGAGAUUUUCGUGCUAAUCAAUGUAUUGAUAAAAAUUUUGUAUCUAGAUUUGAAACACAAUUAAAACAGACAUCCAUUGUAAUUAUUGAUGCAAAUAUUCCGACCGAAACAAUGAAUUACGUAUGUCAACUUUGUCGACAGGCUAAAAUUCCGGUUUGGUUUGAACCGACUGAUUUAAAUCUGAUUGAUAAAUUAUUUCAAAUUCAUUGGGAAAAUUUCGAUGCCAUAAAUUUUUUAUCACCAAAUUUCAAUGAAUUACAAGCUAGUUAUGAAAUUCUAACCCGUGGCCAUAGACAAGAUACACAAUUAUCCGAGAUUUUCCGAGAUAAAUUAUCAAGUGACGAACUUAUCGAAAUUGUCGGCGAAUAUGGUCGUGAAUUAUUUCGACAUAUUUCUGGUCUACAUUCAAUCAUUGUUACUGUCGACAAAGAUGGCAUUAUCUAUGUUGGUCCUGAAGAUGCAUUGGAUCGUAUAAUGGUAUUGGGACCAUAUUCAAAUCUCUAUGAUGAUCAUUCAAAGAUGGCUAUUAACUCCGUGCAUAUGAUGCAAGAACAUGUAGCCAAUGUGGUCAAUGUAUCUGGAGCUGGUGAUUGUCUUGUUGGAGCUACAAUCUAUGGAUGGUUAAAUCGGAUGACAUAUCGAGAUUCACUACGUUUCGGUCUAAAAGCUGCCAGAUUGUCCGUAGGAACAUUGGAAACUGUGCCAAAAAAUCUUCACACAAUUCUAUGCGAAAUGAAUUGAGACCAAAGAGAAAAAUGAACAUUCAAUUAAAAUCUUACCAUAAUUUGUUUUUAUCAAUAAAAUCAUCUUGAAAAAUCUGAAUU